CCCAAACAAGAAAGUUAAACUCCAUUGCAUCUUCAUCAAAUGGUAUCAACCCCGUAAAGUCUUUCCUCAUUCAGAAUGAUCUCAACUGUCAGCAAUAAUCCCUAAUUUCAACCUACAAAUUCAUUUCCCACGAAUAUCGGCAGCAGAAAAUGGUUAACUGUCAGCGCUAGGAUGAGGCCAGCAAUGGCUGAAGCAACUUCUUCUCUCACUUACCAGAAAUAUGUGCAAUUCGCUUUGGAAGAAACCAGAAAACACACCCACCUAGCCCCCUCUGCAUUGCAGGAAAGAUUUCGUAGCUUGUCUGCCAUGGAUGGGAGAACACAACUCCAAGUGCAGUCUUUCGAAUCACCAAAGAUUAGGCUACUUCGAAGUUUGUCCAUAGAAGGGAGUGAUGGAAUGCAGGUUUUGGAUUUUGCCAUCUUUCCGAGAGCAGAAUUUGAUCUACCUAUCUUUUGUGCCAACUUCUUUACAACUUCAGCCAUCAACAUAGUUGUAUUGGACCUCAAUCCAUUGCACGACGUCAUUAGUCAACAUGAUUACAAGAAAAAGUAUUAUACACACUUGAUUCCUCUUGGCCUCAAGUAUGGAGAGCUAUUACCGUGGGGAGGAAGGAUUACUGCCGAAUCCAUGAAAUUCUUCUCACCAAUUGUAAUAUGGACCAAGUUCCCUGCUAGCGAGCAAAAGCAUCAUCUGUUAUAUUCUGCUUUCGUGGAUUAUCUCAAGUCAUGGCUUGAACUGAUGGACCGCGCAUCGGGGGAAACUGAUGCUUCUCGGAUUAUGGUCAAUCUCGAAGCACAACACAAGUAUCUCACUUGGAGAGCUGAAAAGGAUCCCGGCCAUCAAGUUCUGAGAAAAUUAGUUGGAGAGACUCAUGCAAAGGAAAUAAUUAAGAGUUUCCUCUUCUCUGGAGUUGAUGAACUGGGUAGCAGAAAAUUCAUUGAUUACUUCCCCGAGUACAAAUGUGAUGAUGGAACUGUAAAUCAGAAACGCAGUAUGAUCGGGAAAUCAUUUCAGAGUCGACCAUGGGAUACACAAGGUGAGUUCAUUGGUGACAGUUUAAGCUAGUGAGCAUUCCGUAUCACACUACUUUUAGCUUCCUUGUAUAUAAAGGAGGACCAAUAACGGUUCUCCAUUUCCCCCUCCGUGGUGAGUCGUGACUUGAACCCUCAAGACAUCUUACCAACUGAGCUGCACUUUGUUUUCUCCUCUCCUCUCCUCUCCUCUCCUACUUGUGUAGAUCAGCCUCGUCUUCCACGUUUUUUCUGCAUGAUAAAUGCGUUCACGGCUCGUGUAUGACUUAAUCUAAUCAUUUACCUAUCUUCAUAGAGAUGAUCAUGCCACAUUUUUGUAAUAUCAAUAGAGCAAGAGUUAUCUUGGUGGUCUUAUUAUGAAGUGUAUAAUGUUGGAAUUUUAUGGGAAGAUAUGUAAAAGCUCUCACUUUGGAGUAUGUUAUUCUCUUUUCUGCAA